AGCGGGGAUGUAGAGGUGGGAUUGCGAGAAUCGAAAGGUUGGAGAGCCCACACGCUCAGCUUCCGAGAAAGUACGUUUUACAAUAAUGUAUUAUUCAAUUUCUCUCUUGUUCUAUACAGGCGAGGACUAUAUUAAUUCAGUUGGUUUAGUGUAAGGUUGUCUUUCUUUCUUUUUUGACAUCAAUCUUUACGGUAGGCUUGGAGACGGACCGCUUGGACAGUGGGAGCCCUCCCCUCCUCUUCGUUCUGGUUUGGUAGUUUGUAGGUUGACAGUGGAAGGAUGUGGAUGAGGGCUGAAGUUUAGACAGAGCACAAGGGCUCUAAGGCCUGCCUGUGAUUGGCUGUCCGAUUCGUCCACAGCGGGGAGGCGCCACCUCACCUGGGCUCAGAACAGACUGUGAGAACCUCUCGGCUCCCCCUCCCGCCCGCCCCCCCAGCUCUGCACGUACUGGAACAUGUCUAGCGGACGGUCGGAGGGAAGCCGAGACCGGACAGCCGAGGCCCUAGAGCGAAGCAGCUGCAGUGAGGAUGUCCCUGUCAUCGAGCGCAGGAACCGCAGUGGCAUCAUCAGUGAGCCUCUGAGUAAGAGCCUUAAAAGGUCCCGCACCCUCUCCCAGUACACAGCCGCCUGCCCCACCAACACUAAUGGACACACACACCACAAUGGAGAGACCAAGAGCCACCCGGCCAAGCCCCAGCCGCCCCCACAGCCCCAGCCCACUGUCUCAGCGCUGGCGGCAGCCAAGCUGGACCGGACCCUGGAGCAAGUCCUGGAAGGACAGAAUGGCCUGCUGCACUUUGCCCAGGCUGCGGUGCUGUUAAAGAGGGCUGGGAUGGAGCACAUGCUGCUGCCGGGGGGCAUGGGGAUGGGGAUGGGGGGUAGCGAUUCAAUCUCAGGGGCAAACGACUUGGAGGGUGCGUCUGCUGCGGACUCCAUUGGCGGUAUUGCAGACUUCCCGUACGGUGUGGGAGGCGGCUUCCCGUUCAAUCCGGGACUGUUUAUCAUGACACCGGCCGGCGUGUUCCUGGCCGACAGCGCUCUGCACAUGGCCGGCCUGGCCGAGUACCCGGCGCAGAGCGAGCUGGCCUCCGCCAUCAACUCCGGCAAAAAGAAGCGGAAACGCUGCGGCAUGUGCCAGCCCUGCCGUCGGCGAAUUAACUGCGAGACGUGCAGCAGCUGCCGGAACCGCAAAACGGGCCACCAGAUCUGCAAGUUCCGCAAAUGUGAUGAGCUGAAAAAGAAACCAUCUGCCACUCUGGAGAAGGUGAUGCUUCCUACAGGAGCAGCAUUCCGGUGGUUCCAGUAAGACUCUGACCCUCCUCCACUCUAACCCCUACCUACACAAACCCAAAGCUCUGCGAUCAAGUGCAAUGCCAACUCUCGCUUCGAUUGUAUCGGGCAUGGACACAGGCUGACAAGAAAACAAACAUCAAAUAAAAAGAUGUUUAAAAAAUUAUGAAACAGGAAUGAUACAAAAUAAUCAACUGAGUAAUGGAUGCACCUAAUUAUUCCUUGAACCAAAAAUUAAAUAUAAAGAAAAUAAUCUAUGGCAACUUUCAUUCAUUCCCUUUUCUAUGUUCCCAUUUUGGUACAUUUUGUCCUGUUUCCAGCAGGUCUUUUCUGUCUCAGACAUGGAACUGUUCAUUGCCAAACAGAAAUGACUGACUGAGUGUUGGACAAUCAACACAUGUCUGUGUUUGGUGUUAAUGUUGUUCACGUGUGGAAAGAUACAGUACUUGUGUAGAGAAUGUACAUUUAUGGCUAUAUUUUAAAACUAGUGGCUAAUGGCAGGCACUAUUGUAAUUUAGCACCAUUGUUCUUAUCUAAACCCUUGUCUAUUUUAUGAUUUAUAUUGUUGCAAGAAUAUAGUUUGAAACGGAUCAAUGGUUGUCUUUUAAAAGAAAAAGGAAAUGUUUCAAAAUGUAAAAAUCCAUAUUUCUGAUUCAAAUGAAAAAGCAACUCUCAUCCUAUGGGGCAGAAGUCUAGGGGACUCUUUAGCAGGAUGAUGCUAACCUCCAGAGAACUCACUGGAAUCUCCCCAACCAACCAACCAACCAACCGUGUUUUCCUCGCCUGUAUUUCCAAGCUUUUUAUUUCGUGAAACUGGCAGCCUUACGUUCCUGUGGCCCUAGCGACUGUGUCUGGCAUGAGGAGGACAGAGGGCGACAUCACUAGGAGGCACUUGUUCUGAGUCUACCCAUUUGAACGCACUGAAACAUGAAUUUAUUUGUACUUUUUAUUUGUUAAUUUUUUAAAAAUUAUGUUGCUGGUAGCUACAUCUUUUAAAAACAACAGCGAUGUUUGUAUUCAUUUAGAAAAUUGGACUGGUUUUGUGAAUAAAAACGAAUGCAUGUAUUUGUGUAAACAUUUACAGUU